AUGGCCGAGUACGAGUGGAUUGUGGUUGCCGGCGCCGUCACCGCCUUCAUCGCGGCAUUUGGCAUCGGCGCGAACGACGUGGCGAACGCGUUUGCCACCUCCGUCGGCUCAAAGGCGAUCACGAUCCGGCAGGCCUGCUUUCUGGCCGUCGUCUUUGAAGUCAGCGGCGCGGUGCUGCUCGGCUCGCACGUCACCCGCACGAUCCGCAAGGGCAUCGCCGACGCGGAUUGCUUUGCCGGGCAGCCCGAGGUGCUGAUGUUCGGCAGCCUCUGCGUCAUCAUCUCCGUGGCCUGCUGGCUCCUGCUCGCGUCGUACCUCGAGAUGCCCGUCUCGACGACGCACAGCUGCGUCGGCGGCAUGAUCGGCAUGACCGUCGUCGCCCACGGUCCGGGCUGCGUCGUGUGGUACGAGGCGGCGACGGCCUUUCCCUACGUCAAGGGCGUCGGUGCCAUCGUCCUCUCCUGGUUCCUCUCGCCGCUCCUCUCCAGCGCCGCGGCGGCCGCGCUCUACACGACCGUGCGCGCCGCGGUGCUCCGCGCACCCGACUCGUUCGAGCGCGCCUUCCGCGUGUACCCCCUGCUCGUCGGCUUCACCGUGGCGAUCAACGCCUUCUUCAUGAUCUACAAGGGCGACCUUGGGCGGAGCCUGCAGGCUUGGAGAAGAGACUCGACGGGGCGCGCCAAGGGGCUCGGCCUGCACAAGACGCCCCUCCGUGACGCGGUCGGCGUCUCGCUCGGCGUGGCUGCGGUCGCGGCCCUCCUGACUCUUCCGGUCGGCGCCGUGAUCAAGCGACGCAUUCUGACGAACCGUGACCUCGAGGCCGGGCGCGAGGUGGCGCGGCGCGCGGAGCAGAUGGAGGCGGCGGCGGAGGCGGCGGCGCGGCUGGCGACGACGGCGCGGAGUGACGAGGUCGCCGGGCCAGAGGGGGCGCAGGGCGACGGAGAGGCGGCGGAGGCGCGGAAGGCGGCGAGCAAGGCCGCCCAAUCGCCGUCGGACGCGCGGGUGGAGGCGGCGCGCGCGGAGGAGGAGGUAGCGGCGAUACACGCCAAUGCAGAGGUGUUCGACCCGAGGACGGAGGACGUGUUCCGGUACCUUCAGAUCUUCACCGCGUGCUGCGACUCGUUUGGCCACGGCGCCAACGACGUGGCCAACGCGGUCGGGCCUCUCGCCGCCAUCGUCGUCAUCUACCAGACGGGCGAGGUGAGCACCAAGGUGGACACGGGCGCCACGGGCUACUACAUCCUCCUCCUCGGCGGAGUCGGCAUCGCCCUCGGGCUGCUCCUCUACGGGUACAAGAUCAUGGCCGCGCUCGGCGUCAAGAUUGCGAAGAUCACGCCGGCGAGAGAGCGCGUAGCCGAG